UCCAUCGGUCAUCCUUCCUCCUCCACUGAGCGCGUGCAGAUGCUCCACGUGCUUCUUCCUCUUCCUCUGCUUCUGUGUCAGAACAUUAGAAAGGCAGAACAUUAGAACGUCAGAUCCUCAGAACAUUAGAAUGUCACAACAUUAGAACAUUAAAACGUUAGAACGUCAGAACAUGAGAAUAUCAGAACAUCAGACCAUUAGAACGUGACAACAUUAGAAUGUUAGAACGCCAGAAUGUUACUGCGUCAGAACAUUAGAACGUCAGUACAUUGGAACAUUAAAAUGUCAGAACUUUAGAAUGUCAGAACUUUAGAACGUCAGAACAUUAGAACGUCGGAACAUUGGAGCGUCAGAACAUUAGAAUGUCAGAACAUUAGAAUGUCAGAACAUUAAAAUGUUGGAACGUCAGAACAUUAAAACAUUAGAACGUCAGAACAUUAGAAUGUCCGAACGUUAGAACAUUAGAACGUCAGAACGUCACCUUUUUCAGAAGUGAAUUUACAGCUCAUUGGGCCAAUCCCGUGGAGAGUUAGGGUUACAUCGCUCAGGUGACUGUCCACUGAUUGGUUCACUGGGUGAAAGGUGAUGCUGAGGUCACAGUGAUGACAUGUCACUGCCUGGCUGAGGCCCCGCCCCCUGCCCUCUCCCUUCUGUCUCCUGAUCAUGCUAUGAUUGGUCAGUCAGGGACCUGCAGGACAGACGGAGGCUCUGAUUGGACGAAGCUUUACAGUCUGUGUUUAUUGAUCCUCCUGUUUUCAGUUUAUCAGUAAAUUUAUUGAUUUAGGAGAACAUUCUGACAUGAGAACAUUUAUUGAGAAUCUGCUUUCACUUUGAACUGGAAAUUAAAUAAAGGUUUAAUGUUCAGAUUAUAAAUUUCAUUAUUUUAAUUCAAAUAAAUUAAUUGAACAGAGUCGGAUUAAAACCAAAGAAUCAAAUAUGGUUCAUAAAAUAGUACUUAGAAAUAGUAAUGAAGUAAGGACAAUAGUACACUAGUACUGCUAGAGUAUUAGUAGUACUACUACAGUAUUACUAAUACUACUACAUCAUUACUAGUAUUAGUAGUACUACUACAGUAUUACUAAUACUACUACAUCAUUACUAGUAUUAGUAGUACUACUACAGUAUUAGGAGUACUAUUGAACUACUGGUUCCACAUCAUUUCAAUAUUUAGUAAAUUUUACCACGUCCGUUUAUUCCACAGAUAUUUAACUAGUUGAUAUUUUAAUAACAGUUUCUGUAGUUUAUAUUUAUAUUAGUGGUGGGACGCAAUUAAAAUUUUUUAUCUAAUUAAUUACAGGCUUUGUAAUUAAUUAAUCGCAGUUAAUUGCAGUUUUGUCAAAUAGCAAUAUUUGACAUAAUAAGUGAAGUUUUUCAAUUCAAAUAAAAUUGUGGUUGACAGUUGAAUCAAUGAAUAGACAUAUACGUGUUUAUAAUUUAAAAUUUAUUUAAAAAACAGGAAAAUGGGACAUAUAGAAAAAAGUGAUUUUGAUGACAAAGCCUGAAUUUAGUUGUUUUUUCCACUGUAUGGCACAUAAAAUCAGCAUAAGUAGUUCAAGGAGCUUCAGAAAGUUGGAAAUCCAGAGAUUCAUUCUGUUUUCAUCUUUUCUGGAUCUGAUAAAUGGUGGAAUUUUGAUGGUUCUUUUUAUAGGAAUAUCAAUUUUUAUUUAUGUAAUUUUUUUUAUAAACAAAAAGUUUAUAUUUAAGUUAUUAAAAGAGAUAUUUUUGUUGUUUAGGUUAUUCCUCCUACAAGGAGGCAGAGCCUCAACUGAGUAAAAACUUAAACCACAAAAAUGUUUCAUUUCUAUUUAUCUGCAUUUUUCAUCUGUCUGCUACAUUCACAGAUUACUGCAAAUCUAAGUGCAAUUAUAGCGAUUUUAUUCAACAUUUUAAGACUUUCUGUAAACUCAAGCACUGCCUAGAAAAGUGGUCUAUUAUGGGAUGGCUACACCGUUAGCCGUUAGCAUGACUCGUAGCUAACGUUAGCUCUGGUGCUAACAGCAACAUGUUUUACAUUGAGGUGAUACCAUCGGCUUGAAGUGCUGCAGUGAUCAGAAAACUCUUUGUUGUACAAUUUACACAGAACCAGGCUUUUAUCCAAGCUGCCAUCAGGAAGAUUUUUAAAAGGAAAGUUUCUGUCCAACAAGCUCAAUCUCAUCUUCCUUCACUGUUCACCAGUGCCUGACUUCACUCAGUGCUUCCUGUGCUUCUUCUUCAUGGCUACAAACAGACUUUAGGUUCAUUACCGCCACCUACUGGGCUGGAGUGUUCAUCAGAGUUACCAGUGUGCCACAAAUGAGGGAACUGAGGAGGCUGCAAAUAAUUGCAUUAUUAUUUUUAACGCGUUAUUUUCGCGGCAUUUAAUUAAUCGAAAUUAACGCCUUAAAGUCCCAGCCCUAAUUUUUAUUAAUAAUAAUAAUCAGUAAUUAUAUGAAUUAUUCCUCAACCUGGACUUACAUUUCUUUUUUAUUAUUAUCAUCCCACAGAUUGAUUUACUUUAAUGAAUAAUAAUUUUAUUUUCAUUUUUUCUCUCUAUGGAACCCCUUACAGUAGUAAUCUGAGAUAAUAAUAAUAUAAUAAUAUAGUAAUUUAUAUAAUAAUAUAAUGAUGUUCUAUGCAAACCAGAGAGCAGCUGGUCUGACUGCAGUCCAGUAAUCUGUUAAUAAUUCCUGCUUUAAUCUGAUUAGAGAUCAGCUGUAGGGGUGGAGCUCUCUCUCUCUCUCCCUGUUUAUCCUGAUGGAGUUCGCCCUCAGCCUCAUUAUCCUGCUGCUCUGAGGAAACACCUCAUCUCUCCUUCUUCUUUUCCGACUGUCCUCAUGACUCGUCCGCUCUGCUCCUCAUCUUUGGCUCGUUCAUGGAUCCAGGCGCCACGUUUUGCUCUUCGUCACCGUCUGAGCGUGCUCAGUGGUGGUGUGAGUCGGCCCGCCCCUUGGCGCCGCCGGCCAAUCUCCUUCCUCUACUACGUGCUGUCUGUCAAUGCUCUGCGGCCGCUGGCCAAUCGGGUGGCGCUGUACCGCUCCUUCCCAACCCGCCUCCUGUCCCGGGCCUGGGGCCGACUGAAUGGGGUGGAGCUCCCCACGUGGCUCAGGAAGCCCAUCUACUCGCUCUACAUCUGGACCUUUGGAGUCAACAUGCAGGAGGCAGCGGUGGAGGAUUUACAUCAUUACAGGAAUCUGGGCGAGUUUUUCCGGCGACGCCUCAAACCUGCAGUCCGACCACUUUGUGCCUCCUCGUGCCUGGUGUCUCCAGCUGAUGGGAGGAUCCUGCACUUUGGUCGGGUGAAGAACUCAGAGGUGGAACAGGUGAAGGGGGUCACCUACAGUCUGGAGAACUUCCUGGGUCCACAGAAGAAGCAGGCCCACGAUCCGUCCUCGUCCUUCAGGGACCUCCUCCUGUCUUCUCCGGACAGCGACCUGUUCCACGUGGUGGUCUACCUGGCUCCAGGUGACUACCACUGCUUCCACUCUCCCACUGAUUGGAGGGUGGAGCUUCGGCGUCACUUCCCAGGCUCGCUGAUGUCGGUGAAUCCAGGUGUGGCUCGUUGGGUCAAAGAGCUGUUCUGCCUUAACGAGCGCGUGGCGCUGACGGGCCAAUGGCAGCACGGCUUCUUCUCGUUAACGGCGGUUGGAGCCACCAACGUGGGUUCCAUCAGAGUUUACUUCGACCAGGAGCUGCAGACCAACACGCCUCGCUACAGUAAAGGCUCCUUCCACGACCACAGCUAUGUUUCCGUCCACCAGGUGGCGCUGCAGACCCUGGCUGAAGGGGGCGUGGCCUUACAGAAGGGGGAGGCGCUGGGGGAGUUUAACCUGGGUUCUACCAUCGUUCUGCUGUUUGAGGCUCCUAAAGACUUCAGCUUCAGCCUGCAGCCCGGCCAGCGAAUCAGAGUGGGCCAGGGCCUCGGCAGCCUCUGACUGGACAAGCUGAGGACUGUGAUGGUGAACGUCAUAAAAACUGUUUGCUUUCAUGACAAAGACUCAAACUCCCAGUAUGCCUUGUUCCUCGUGAAGAGGAAGACGUCAGAUCUCAGCCCGACAUGUUAAAAUCACACAAACAGGUUUUAUUUAACAGGAAACAUUCAUUCAGAUCAGACUGUCACAAUAAAAGCUCGACCCUCCGUCCGUCCGCCGACACAAAGCCUGAAGCUUUAUUGUUAGCGUUAGCAUGCUCACCAUGUGAAGCAGCUGACUGGUGGAGAUUCAGCCGGAGGCCUGUGAUUGGUUAAACAGAAACAUUCAACUUAAACCUCAGUUUAUUGUUUGUUUGUUUGUUUACUCUGCUCCUGUUUUCCUGAUGACUUUUGUAAAAUAACUGAUCUGAAUUAAAGUUUAACUUAUAACGAA